UUGAGUGUAAAAGCAAAACUCCUUUUGGAACCGUCUCUAUAAACACCAAAUUCAUAGUACCAAUUAUCAUCACCAGGGUCAACUCAUCCUCCAACACAAUGUCCACAAAAAACACAUUCACCAUUCUCUUAAGUUUCUUCUCAACAUUCAUAUUCAUAUUCCACACAACAGCCACACCCACUCCCACUCCCGCCGACAUCCACGACCUCCUCCCCGAUUACGGUUUCCCCAAGGGCAUCCUUCCCAACAACAUCGCCUUCUACACCAUCUCCCCAUCCGGUUACUUCACCGUCCACCUCGAAUCCCCCUGUUACGUUCGCUUCUCCGAUCAAUUAGUCUACUACAAUACCCUCAUCACCGGAACCCUCACUCACGGUUCCGUUUCCGGCGUGUCGGGGAUCCAGGCCAAGAUGCUCUUCAUCUGGCUCACUGUCACCGGGAUGGAAGUUGAUUCACGUUCUGGGAUGCUUGAAUUCUUCGUCGGAGCUUUGUCGAAGAAACUGCCGGCGGAUCAGUUUCAGAAUUUGCCGGUGUGCUCUUCAAAGGCGGGUAAAGGAUCUGGCAUGGCUCUUGUUUCUCUUUUUCUUUGAAUUUAAAUUGUAAAUGAUAUUUUGGAUUGUGUGAAAUUGAGGUAUAUUAAUAAAAAUUGGUUUUCUAUAUUA